GUUUACGAUGUUGGCAUGAAGAUGAAGGGAAUUGAUGAGUUCCCAUUCUGUGCGCACUUGGUGUCCUGGGAGAAGGAGAAUGUCUCCAGUGAGGCUCUUGAGGCAGCACGUAUUGCUUGCAACAAAUACAUGGCCAAGUUUGCUGGAAAGGAUGCUUUCCAUUUGAGAGUCAGGGUUCAUCCAUUCCAUGUCCUGCGUAUCAACAAGAUGCUUUCAUGUGGUGGAGCUGAUUGGCUCCAAACUGGCAUGCGGGGUGCUUUCGGUAAACCACAGGGAACUUGUGCUGGAGUUGUAAUUGGACAGGUUCUUCUGUCAGUUCGUUGCAAGUACAGCAACAGUCACCAUGCUCAGGAGGCUCUCCGCCGUGCAAAAUUCAAGUUCCCUGGUCGCCAAAAGAUCAUUGUCAGCAGGAUGUGGGGUUUUACCAUGUUUAAUCUCACUGAUUAUUUGAAGUCGAAGGCAGAGAACAAGAUUAUGCCAGAUGAUGUGAAUGCCAAGCUUCUUGGAUGCCAUGGACCCUUGGCCAACCGUCAACCUGGAAGAGCAUCCUUACCAGCUACUGCUUAGAUCUUUUCAUUCCUGGAAAUAACUUCGUUCAUCUCUUAGCCUCUGAGGAAUUUAUCCAUUACUCCUUUU